UUUGUGAGUGACCUAUUUGACAGGGGAACUUACAUACGUGAUUAUGGCUCUACAGAGGAAACAGUUAAUCUUGAUGACACGAAAGAGCUUAAAGCCUUUUUGCUUAAACUUGAAAAGUAUUGGAAAAAAAAACAAAAUGAGGUGGAAACAGCAUUCCUCAAGUUGGAGGAAAUGUCAAAUGGUGAAGAGCCAGGCAAGAAAAAGAGGAAAAGAGGGAGAAAAAUACAGCCAGAAGUUCAAAUGUCCUCUAGUUCUUUUGCAAAAUAUGCAGCUGAACUUCAAAUUGAGAUGUUUUCAAAGGUUUGCUGUGAUUGGAGAGAAAUUGCUCUUACAAUGCGUGAGAGAGUCUUUGAAGACCAUGAAGAACAACAGAUUGACAUUCAUGAUGUGAAGUGCAAGGAGUGGGGAUUUUUGCUAAAGAAGCUGUUUGGUUCUCAUCUCGGCACUGGUGACUAUGGACACCUAGUUGUUGACCACAGUGCUAUGCUUCUUCGGCAAUUCCGCUCUUUCUAUAAGUAUUCAGGGCAAGGAUUUGAGUCCUCCACAAGCUACAUCGCCAGUUGUAUUCUAAGGCAACAAUUAAACCAUGAUGCAUCUGGGCCUGGCCAUUCUUUGAAUCAAAUCCUCACCCACUGGUAUGCAACUAUGCUGCUAUCCCUGAGGUACUCAUUCUAUGAAGCACGGAAUUGUAUUAAUGUAGGAAAAAAAACAUUUUCCUACCGCGGAUGUGGUUGGAAAAGUGUAAGUCACGAUUUAAAAUCAUGGACUGAAGAAAAGAAAUCGUGGGUGUUUGUUCUUAGUGAUCUUUUUGAGCAAAUGUUUGGAACUGACUACUUAACCUAUUGUUUUGACAAAGAUCAUGGAACUAAAGUUGAUGAUUCCAAAACAUGUGAAAUUUUUGAAUACUGUCAUGAGUCCUGGGAAAAGCAUUUCUCCAUAGAAAUUCCAGAACCACAAGAUGAUCUCAAACAUCUCUGUCAUCCCAGAAUUCAUGUUAGUUCACAUGCCAAUAUUCAUCCGUUACAGCCAGCACCCAAACGAAUUAAAUUUGAUAUUUGUGACUCAACUUUGUCUAACAUCUACCCGUCAUCCACUUCAGUGCUCAACUUUGCUGACUCCACACACUCAAAGAGUUAUGAACAUCCUGAUUCUGCAUCCAUCAUCAGCCAAACAUCCCCAAAGCUUGUUGGUGACACUUCUAUUUUUAUUGAAGAUGAUGAUAAUGAUCUCACAAUACCACAGCAAUGUGCACUUCAAGCUGCAAUGGCUAAGGCCACAACAAGAGCUGAAGUAGCUGCCCUUUACAGCCUCAUUCCUCCAUUAACAUCCAGAUCUCCCUCUGCAUUGAACCCAUUUUAUGAGAAGCUGCGCUUUUCAGAUCCCUUCUGUCUAGCAGAGCGUCCUUGUGAAGUUGACAUCCAGAGGGCUCACACAAUUUUGAACAAUGAACGAAAAGCUGGUAAGAAUCCUAGUGGCAUCGAGAUUGAAGGUAUCGGGCAGUUCUCUGAAAAUGCCUUAUCUGUCUUGCGGCGUUUCUGUGUAAUCGUGUACACCCAUCACAAAGUAUCUGCAGAGGCUAUAUGGCUCCUCCAGAUGAAAUGCAGCCCCGAAGAACUUGUACAGAUGCAAAAUGCCCUUUGGAAUGUUUCAGCCACUCAACCAAUACUGGAGCAUAGUAGUAAGAACCUCGAUUCCACCUCAUUUUUGGAUCUUGUUGAGGAGCGAUACAUUGACAGUUUUGUCAUAGAUAUUUGCAUUUGCAAGUUUCUAGACAUGGCAAGAGAAAUUGGAAAGGGUUUCACUGUCUUCUUUCCAAGUGAGUUUUAUGAUUGGAUGAGGUCAAAUGACAAAGAAUUCCAAAGGCAGAAGUUGAGAGAAACUGUAGAGCUGCUGAAACAAGCCAAUGACCUCCAGCAAAUAUUGGUGCCAGUCUACCUGCCCAACCACUGGGGAUUGAUUUUUGUGGAUCUAGUCAGCAGAGAGAUGUAUUUUGAUGAUGGAAUGAAGUCCACUGCACCUCCCAUAGCCCUUUCCUCAGUCAAAAGAUCAUUAGAAUUGCUCUUAGAAAUAUACCCCUGUCAUGCUGCUCUUCAAACAAAGUUUUGGCACAAUUGUCACAGAUUUAAGCGUUUUAGUAUGCCAUGUCAGACAGCAGUUGAUUCUAGGAUGAUUGGUGUUGGAAGUUGUGGUAUUGGGGUGAUAAUGGCAGCAAAAGAUAUAUUAUUUGAUGGUGCCUUGUCCAUUAACAACUUUCAAUGGCAGUACUGUAAUAUGGAUGUGCACAGGAAAGACUUGAUGCUUCAGAUUCUGAAGUGGAGAGACCAAGCUGGAAGUCCUGGCCAUAAGAGACUUAGUGCACAACCUAUUCUACCCUAAAGCCACCUCUGUUUCUCUUGUGUUGUCAGUCCAUCGGCUGACUGCCUGUUGUCAUCUUAUAGCAGAACUGUUACAAAAAAUUUGAAAAUUACUUUUUGGUUUGUUUUCUUUUUGUGUUUGUUAUUGUUUUUGUUCUAGUCUUUUAUAAACCAUGAUUGUUUUAUACUUACCAGUUCUGUUUCUCUUGGGUAGUCAGACUAUCACUGUCUGUUGUUAUCUGAUGGCAGAACUAUUUUUAAUAUUUAAUUGUUAUUUAAUUUGUGCUCUAUUUUUUUCGCUUUUGUUUGCUUUACUUUGUUUUGUUUUGUUUUUGUUUUUUUAUUAUUUUUUACAUAAACUUUGAUUGGUAUCUACAAACCAGUUCUGUUUCUCUUGGGUAGUCAGUCCAUUGUGGGCUGUUGUUAUCUGAUGGCAGAACUAUCUUUUUUUUAUAAUUUUUAUUAUUUUUUUUUUGGCAUAACAUGUCAACCACUUCUGUCUCUCUUGGGUAGUCAGUUCAUUGUGGACUGUUGUUAUCUGAAGGCAGUGGUACAGACCCCUUUUUUCCACCUCAGUGUCCGUACCUUGUCGUGGUGAGGUGGCUUGAGUGCCUCAAUGACCAAUUGCAAUACAAUUCUUACACAGAAUUCAGCUUCGGUCGGUGAGCUGUAUUUUCUGCAGGGUAGAGGCCAGACUAACACGGACUUUGUCAUUGUUGUUAUUGUUAUGAUUAUUAUAAUUAUGAUUAUUAUUAAUGUUUUUGUUAUUGUUAUUAUUAUCAUUAUUGUUAUCUUUAUGAUUGUGUUCAUCACUUUGAAAUGAAAUAGGUUGCUCAAUGAGGAUGGCAUGCACUG